CGGAAGCGGACAUAGCGCUAGUUGAGGUUAAUUACCUGCUAGACACAGCCUUCAUCCGAUGUGUAACUACGCAGGGGGCCGCAACUACCCGCUCACACAUCUAAUCUUUACAUGUAAGCAUCGAACUAAAUGACAGGUCGAAGUUACUCAUCUUCACCUUCGCAACAUCGAUGCGAGAAAGAACCACACAGCUACAGACGGGUAGAAGAUACUUCGAGCAUUGAAAGUGGCCCGUCCCAUCGAAGUUAAAGGCAUGAGACAUUCUUACACCAGACCCACAUAUCUACAUAGCUACGCCCCUAAACUCUCUCAUAAUUACUUCGUAAAACAUAUUAUCUUAUAAAUAUAAUUGGAGUAAAUCAACAUGGGUCAAGGCACGUCUCACAUGGAGGUUCGGCUCGAGACUAGAGUUGAAAAUCCGACGAAUGGCAAGGAACCACAAGGGCUCGCACUCAUUGCCCACGGAAGACUCGGCGGAACAUUUGACCAACCCCCAGUCCGUCUCCUCGCUGAAUAUCUAAGAGAUAAAAGACAGAUGAGGGUCGUGACCUGGAACGCUCGGGGAAUGGGUCGGAGUGAAGGUGGGAAUGAAUGGACGGAUUUUGGCACGUGGACAGGAGAUGCCGGAAUCAGUGAUUAUCACCGGAUGCUGCGGGAAUCUAUGACUACAUACGUAAAAGAUUUCCCAGAUGCUCAUAGCAUCCCACUCUUUCUAUGUGGUUAUUCCGCGGGUGCUAUAUUCGCAGGCUGUACACGUCCAAGUCCAUCUUUCCCCCAGUUUUCGCCCGCUCAUUAUAUCCUAAUAUCGUACCCGGUGGACCUAAAUCCUAUUAUCGGGCUACACAAGACGGGAUCUUACUAUCGCUCAGUGGAAGCACUAAUACAGGGCUUCGGAUGGGAGAAUCUGCCGGCCGAGUUUCACGGCAAAGAACCGGAAGUGGCCGGGGUCUUCACAGUAACGGGCCAGUUUGAAGCAUUAUUCUAUUAUGUAUGGACUGGCAUUUUAAAGGGUAAGGACGCUCGAAAUAUAUUAACACAGGUCGUCGUCCCGGGAGCUGAGCAUGAUUGGAAGGGCAAAGCACCGUGCAUUGUUGCAGAGGUUGAUAAGUGGCUUUCCAAUCGUUGAGGGAGUUGUUGGUUAAGCAGACGUUGUAUAUUACUUGGCCGCACUAGCCACUUGACGAGAUACCUGGACUUUUAAUAUUCCUCAAGAUCCUUCUCUUGCUCUUGCGCUUAUGAUAACGCAUGUCUCCAGGCCCCUUGCCUGGUUUACCUUUCCUCCUUGGUUUCGACUUGUCACGAAACCUAUACCAAGUGAGAUAUGAGCUCGCCUAGGCAUCGUUUUCACGAGCCCGCAACAUACGUUUGUGGCCCUCGCGAAGACCCAUCUCCACCAGCUCUUCAGGGAGCUCGCCAUCCGUGCCGAUGGCGUGCUCGGGGUCAGCAGCUCCGACGCCAUCAUAAUGUCCUUCAGGGAACGGUACCCC